GCCGCUUUGCCCCGGGUGGCCGCUUUGCCCCACUCUCCCCUAUGUGAUAAAGUCAGAUGUGUAGAAGCGAGUACGUCCUUGUGAUGGCGGAACGGUGAUCAGGGUACAAACAGGAAUGCAUAGGCGAGACAGUGGCAGUGGUACGAUCCAGAAUGUGCAGUGAUAACCAGAGUAUAUGUAUAGUGGUGAACUCCAGUGACCGGAAACCCACGAGGUUGACCUUGACGAGCAAGUGCCCUAAUGGUUGGCUCCCAGUGACCGGGUGACCUACAAAGCGUGCAACAGUGACCUGAGUGAUGUAGUGUUCGUUGGACUGACCUUGCUGGAGAAAUCCUAGAGACCUCAGACGAACGGAGACCCGCUGCGAGUGUUGUGAUCUCGAUGAUCCGGCGAUGUCAUAAACGCUCACCUGUGGGAGUGUAACAGUUAAUUAUCUGCGGUCAAUAGGACGGAGCGGUUAUAAAGACGAGGCGUCACAGCCAGCGGCAGAGCAACAACAUGGGUCGACUGAGGCGCUGUUCGGUGGCGGCGCUGCUGUUGGCGCUCAUCACUCUUCUCUCGCUGCUCCUCUCGUCGCGACGGCUGCUCGACAGACGCACCCCCGUCGCUCCCGACGACAGGGUGCCGCUCAACCGUCUCCUGACCGUCGGACUCACCGCCACGGCCGGAGGUCUCACCGACACCGUGCGGCCGGGAGGAGCGGUAAUGACGGCAUCAACAAAGGAGACACGGCUCCCAAAGAUCACCGGAGCACCCGAGGUCAAAUAUCUCCAAAAGAUCGCCGAGGUCACCGAGGAGCCGUUUGACCUCGGCCCGGACCCAUUCGACGAGACAGCGCGCGAGGAGGCUCUGCGCCAUCUGAGUGAACUCCAGGUGCGGCUGGCCCCCGCCGGGGGUCGGCCCCAGGUCGUCAUCGACCCCGCCUCGGGCGUGCCCCUGUUUGCCGAGGAGAUGGCCAAACUGUACGAGGUGCGCCGACGGAAGGCGAUAGCGCGCAACCGUCCGGCCAACGCGUCGGAGAUAUCGGCUGCGCUGCGGCUGCUGCAGCUACAGCUGGACACGGAGAGCGGCCAGCUGCCUGACCAGCUGCCGCCGCCCGUCUUCCUGGCCACCACGUGGCGCUCGGGCUCCACGUUCCUGGGCCACGUGCUGUCGGCGCCGGCCGGCGUGUUCACCCACUACGAGCCGCUGUCGGCGCUGGGCGUGCACCAGGCCCGCUCCGAUCAGCAGCGCCGCGCCGCCCAAUUCACGCUCGACGAGCUGCUCGCGUGCCGCUACAGCCGCAUCCCAGACUACAUGAACGCUACGCGCACUAACACGGAGGACAUGCUAUCGCACAACCCGCGCGUCUGGAGCGCGUGCCAGCGCGGCCCCAAUCGCAACGCGUGCACCAACGAGGCGUUUCUGAGCGCCGCCUGCCGGCUGCUGCCGCUUCACGUGUUCAAACUGGUGCGGCUGCGGCUGCGCGAGCUCGAGCCGCAGCUGCGCGCCGGCGCUCGAGUGGUGUAUUUGGUGCGCGACCCGCGCGCCACACUGAGCUCGCGUCUCAGCUCGGUGCGCUGGUGCCGCCGCUCGGACGAGUGCGUGCAGCCGGCGCGGCUCUGUGCCGACAUCGAGGACGAUCUGGCAGCGCUGCGCGAGCUGCAGGCGCGCUUCCCGGCCGGCCUGCGCCUGGUGCGAUACGAACAGCUGGCCACCCAGCCGCGCCGUCAGCUCAGAGACAUCUUCGAGUUUGUGAGCUUCCGCUGGAGCGCCGAGGUCGACCGUAUCGUCGACGAGAGCACCCGCAGCGGCACCGAGAGCAGCGAGCCGUGGUCCGUGCUCAAAAACUCGGCCGAACAUGUAGAUCGAUGGAAAGAACGCCUCUCGCCCAAACAGAUCGACUAUAUCAAUCGCAAGUGCCAAAGAGUGAUUCAACAGCUAGGAUAUAAUGUAUAACCAUUUUUUAAACUCUAAUUUGGUAACAACUAUGGUAUGAGUCACAAAGUAAAUGAAUUUGUCACAGAAAACAAUAUGUGUAUGGACAUAAUUAGAUUCUCCUAAGCAGAUAAACAGAUUUCCUCAGCUUUACAAGACAUCACUAACAUUACUAUCCCCAGAAGCCCACGAGUCGUCUCAGCUCGAAAACACAUUUAAAUUCACAUCAAUUAUAUUCGGUAAUGUUUGUAAAUCACCGUCAGAUCUGUUUCGCCGGCUGCUCCUACCACACGCCCGGCUGGGCGUAGUUGUUCUAAUCACAGCCCUUCACCACGCCCACCCACUCGGCGCAAACAGUGGUGAAGAUGUGAGCGCAGGCCAUCAGCCUGGACAAU